CAAAUUCAUCCCUUUAAUCUCUAUAAACUUUUGCAUGACAUGAAAACUGAGCUGCCCAUUAUCAAUUCAUAUAUAACAUAUUAUAGAAGAAAUUUUUAAUCAUACAAAAGAUAACUCUUUCCAAAUUAUCUCCAUCAUCUACCUGUAUAAUAUAUUAUAUUAUAAAUAAACAAAGUUUAUUCUGAUCAUAAAUUUAAUAAACUGCUUCUUUAUUGUUCUGAACUUUUCUGACCAUGAUGCAGAAAAAUGGGAUUCAAUCUAAUGAUUAUUUAAUUGUGAAUGGUCAGCGAAGUUGGUCAGCGUUUUGUAAAUGGGGGAGGAAGAUGAUAUGAUAAUACGUGGUGGGUGGAGCACAAAUAUUGGUUUUCCUAAGCCAAUGAGACAAGAAGGCAAUCCAAACUUAGUAAACAAAAACACCCCCCACUUCCUUAGCUUUAGCUUAUCAUCACCUGUGAUCUAACUUCUAAGUUUGCACCUUCUUUCCUCUUCUUCUUUGGCCUUUUCUUUCUCAUCAAUUUCACCACUCUUCUAGCUUUCCUUUUUCCUGCUUCCUAUUCUAUUUUUCAUUUUGUUUUUUUUUUUUUUUUUGAAUUCUUUUCCCAGGUGGUUUAUGAUUCAAUAUUUAAGGACCAACAAGGACAACCCUUUCUUUUGUCUCCUUGUUUGUUUGUUUGUGGGUUUUUUUUUGGUUCUUUCAUAUUUUGUGAUCCUGAUCUUGUUGGGAGGAUUCAUUCAGUAAGAAGAAGAACCCUUUUGGAAAGUUCUGUGUAAUUAAAGUUUGUCCUGCUUCCCAUUUUCGUUGUGCAAUAACUGGCAAUGGGGGGUGUAGUAGGAAAGGCUGAAUCACCUAAAAAGGCUUCAGUACCAGAAACGAAACUCGAGGCCAAAAUGGUUGAAGCCAUGCAGCGGAGGUCAUCUCAAGGAACUAAUGUGAAAUCUUUCAACAGCAUAAUAUUGAAAUUCCCAAAGAUCGAUGAGAGCUUAAGAAAUUGCAAAGAGAUUUUUGAACAAUUUGAUGAGGAUUCAAAUGGUGCAAUUGAUCAAGAAGAGAUGAAAAAGUGUUUCCAUAAGCUGGAAAUUUCUUUUUCUGAAGAGGAAAUCAACGAUCUCUUUAAGGCAUGUGACAUUAAUGAGGAUAUGGGAAUGAAGUUUAAUGAGUUCAAUGUUCUUCUCUGUCUUGUCUACCUUCUCAAGAAUGGCCAGAAUUCCCUUCAAACAAAAUCACCGAUGGGGUUGCCAAAUCUGGAGGCCACAUUCGAAACUUUGGUGAAUGCAUUUGUGUUCUUGGACAAGAAUAAGGAUGGUUAUGUCAGCAAGAGUGAAAUGGUUGAAGCCAUAAAUGAAACUACAUCAGGGGAACGAUCUUCUGGCCGAAUAGCCAUGAAAAGAUUCGAGGAGAUGGACUGGGAUAAGAAUGGAAUGGUGAACUUCAAAGAAUUUCUAUUUGCAUUUACUCGUUGGUGUGGAAUAGAUGAUAACGACGAUGAAGAUGAAGGGGAAGGAAAAGAGAAAAAUUGAUACGGUAUUUGCUGAGUCUCUCUUCGGCAGCCUAAAGCUGAAGCUUGUUAGAGCAACCAACCAAAAUCCUGCAUGAUGCUUUUUUUUUUUUUUUUUUUUUUGCCACUUAAUAAUGGCAUCAGAGUGAUAUAAACCAUAUGUAAGGUUUAAAUCAUCAUUCCAUUAUUGAAUUACCGUGUAAAUAUAAAAAGAAAAAUACUCCCAAAACUCUUAGCAAUUUGCAGCUCAUGCUGUAGGAUCUUUGCUUUUUAUAAAAAUAAAAAUGGUGCUGCGUUAAUGUUUUAA